GGCGGAAGUCUCGGAGCGUCUGCGGCGCUGCCUGAGCGGGGCGGUCGCCACGGGGUCUCCAGAGCCAUUGGCUGGCUGGCUGCUCUUGGUGGCCUCCGCUGACCCCCCACCUCUCCUCACCCGGACGCCGGGCUGAAAAUGGCUCGUUUCGCUUUAACCGUUGUCCGACAUGGAGAAACAAGAUAUAACAGAGAGAAAAUACUUCAAGGACAAGGUGUAGAUGUGCCUCUUUCAGAAACUGGUUUUAGACAAGCAGCUGCUGCUGGUGAAUUUCUUAGUAAUGUGAAGUUUACUCAUGUUUUCUCAAGUGAUCUCAUGCGUACAAAACAGACCACUGCCAUGAUUUUGGAGAAAAGCAGGUUUUGUAAAGAAGCAACAGUGAAAUAUGAUACAAGACUUCGAGAAAGAAAAUAUGGAAUUGCAGAAGGCAAACCUCUGUGUGAAUUAAAGGCAUUGGCCAAAGCAGCUGGGGAACAGUGCCCUAAUUUCACACCCCCUGAAGGAGAAACAUUAGAUCAGGUGAAAUCACGAGCAAAGGACUUUUUUGAAUUUCUUUGUCAACUGGUGCUGGAUGAAGCGGGUCAGAAAGGACACCAAUCGUCAGGAAUAAUAGACAGUGGCCUGAAGGCCUUUCUAACAGAAACAUUUCCAUUAGGAAGCAAUUGUGGACCUGAUCUUAAUUCAGACAGUGUUGCCCAAGAGUUAGAUGCUAAUAUAUUGGUGGUAAGUCAUGGGGCUUACAUGAGAAAUAUGUUUACUUAUUUUGUGGUUGAUCUGGAGUGUACCUUACCAGCAAAUCUAAGCAAAUCUGAACUCAGUUCAGUCAGCCCCAAUACAGGGAUCAGUCACUUUAUAGUAAAUGUAGAACAAGAUACUAACGGAAUUAAAACAACCAUAAAGUGCAUUUGUAUUAAUCUGCAGGAUCAUCUAGCCAAAGUGACAGAAAGUGCCUAGGCCUAAAUAUAUCAUUGGGAUUUUCAUUUUUUUGUGUCAUUUAGGGAGUACCUUGUUUCUGAUAGUUAUAUUCCAAAUGCUUAAAAAAUCUUUCAGAAAUAGGUUAUAAAGUUCAGACGGAAAGGUAGUUAUAUAAAAACACUAAGUAAAACCCAGGGAAUGAGUUAAGGUAUGUUUUGAAUUCAGCUACUGGCAUUUUCCAAAAGAAAUGCCGCCAUUUCCUGCCAGGUUUUGACUUUGAAUAGAAAUGGAAUUGUCCGUGUUGUUGAACUCCAGUGUUGUCAAAUGAAGUAUUAUAACUUUGUUAUGAUUUUGAAAUAUAAUUUGUUGUCGCAGUAUUGAAUGUAUUUCCUUAUUGUACUAAAUGUUAGCACUGAGGAUGGUUAUUUUUUAAUAACACUACCACAGUUUGUAAAAGAAUUGCUUAUGUCUAAGGACUUUUUUCCUUUUUAUCCAAUUAUGACUAGAUUUUGCAGCUAACUUAUCAAAUCAUGUUUCUUGUUUUGUUCUACUUUGUUUCUUCUUAUGUUGAUGUUUGGGUUUUUUACGGCUGAAAAUAAAUAUAGCCUAUGUGACUUGGCUUUUAGUGAAUAACAUACUGUAUAUUUCAUGACCAUUUUUUUGUGGUUGGAAAAAGGAACUAUUUAUUAGGAAAUGUUGUCUCCUACUUUAGAGUGCCUCUCUAUGCGGAAGAAAUCUACCUUAUGAAUAAAAUGUUUAUCAACAUGAA